AGCCAAUCGCGAUCGCAGCGCCUACACGCCCCUGAACGGAGUCGAGCACCGGCUCAAACCGCGCGCGACUCCGCCGCGCACACUCGCACCGAUGCGCGGCUCGUGGGACGAGUCAACGACGGCGGCGCUCCACGCGCGCAUCCUGGAGGCGCACCGCGGGCCGGCCGCGGCCGACCGCGCCGCCGAGCCCGCGCCCUGCGCCGACCAGCAGCCGCUUGCCCUCAACGCCAUCGAGCUAGCCGCGCCGACACCGCUGCUGCCGCUACCCACCUUAUCCUUCAGCGCCGCACAAGUCGCUACUGUCUGCGAAACUCUCGAAGAAAGCGGAGACGUCGAACGUCUCGCCAGGUUCCUCUGGUCCUUGCCCGUCGCUCACCCGAACGUAGCUGAACUAGAACGCUGUGAAGCUGUUCUUCGAGCACGAGCAGUCGUCGCCUUCCAUGCCGGAAGACACAGAGAAUUGUAUUCCAUUCUGGAGAGGCACCGAUUUCAGAGGUCGAGCCAUGCAAAGCUACAAGCACUAUGGCUGGAAGCACACUAUCAGGAAGCUGAGAGGCUCCGGGGACGCCCUCUGGGCCCCGUUGACAAAUACCGAGUUCGCAAGAAGUUCCCAUUACCGCGAACCAUUUGGGAUGGCGAACAAAAGACGCACUGCUUUAAGGAACGAACGAGGUCGUUACUAAGAGAAUGGUAUCUUCAGGAUCCUUAUCCGAAUCCGACGAAAAAGAGGGAAUUAGCAGCGGCGACGGGAUUAACGCCGACGCAAGUUGGGAACUGGUUCAAGAACCGACGGCAGCGCGAUCGUGCGGCUGCCGCCAAGAACCGCUCCGCAUUGCUCGGCCGCGGGUUCGCCUCCUCUUCGACAUACGAUGAAGAUUCAGCCGAUUCGGAGAUUAACGUCGACGAAGAGUAACACAGACUGAUAGUGUAAAUACGUGAUACAAAUUUUAUACGACGUUGAGUGAACGUACGAUGCAAUAUAGACGAGUUAUCCUAUUUUAGUUAGAUCACUGAGUCCGUGAUGUAUGUGAUGUUAAGGCAUUGUAAACCAGUUUAUUAGAGCGUAAUUCUAUUGCUGAAAGUGUAAGAGUGCUUGAAGUAACAGCAUUUCUGCGUAUCAGGUAUGUACACUCUUUUGUAGUGAUAAAUCAAUUAAUACUGCCUUUUUGAUAGGUAAGCCUUUUCGAAGAAGCAAGUAGGUAUGCUGAACUAACUUAAGUUAUUUCACGUUGUGAAGAUGAAACAGGGUUUUUUUUAAUAAAUUGUUUUUUUUUCUAUGCUUAGGUACUUUAUACCUAUGCACUGAAUAGAAUGAUAAGCAUGGAUUGUGACAUUGAAAUGAGGACUUAGGGAGUUAAAAAAAUAGACGCAAAAUAAGAAGAUUACAUUACACACAAUAUAUGGAAAAAGAAUUUUAAACAUAAAGAAUUGGAGUUUUAAACAUAAAGAAAAAUUAAAUAAAUAAAAUAAAUAAAUAAAUAUAUUAGGACAAAUCACACAGAUUGAGCUAGCCCCAAAGUAAGUUCGAGACUUGUGUUAUGGGAUACUAACUCAACGAUACUAUAUUUUAUAAAUAGAUACAUAUAUAAAUAGACAUCCAAGACCCGGGCCAAUCAGAAAAAGAUCAUUUUCCAUCAUGACCCGACCGGGGAUCGAACCCGGGACCUCUCGGUUCAGUGGCAAGAACUUUACCGCUGCGCCACCGAGGUCGUCAUUACGGGAAUUUAGCACAACGACUUUUUAAAAUAUUUUUAAAAUGAUAAAAAAUCGUAAAUACUUAAAGAAAAUGGUUAAAAAGUGGUCAUAUUAUCUAACGCAUAUAUAUUAUAAAACAAGUUAAUUAUUUAUUGUGUUUAGUAUGAUCUAAACGUAGAUAUUUUGAAGUUCAUUUAUUACUUUCCGUAUUGGCAUUGUCUUGUCGGUACAUAAUGAAUAGAAACAUUAUCAUUACGAUGUAGAGUAGAGCCAAGUCAAGAAUAAUAGUAUACUUAUGUGGUCAAAAUUCCUAAUGCAGAAUAAUUAUGUAUUGGCAUAGAAGUAGACGGCUUUUUCAAGACCUACCCUCAUUUCAAUUUGACUUUCCGUGUAUUUAUCAUGUGAUGUUAUUAAUUUUGACUAUUUUCUAUCUAUUUUAUUUUGGUAAGAUCUGAACCGCACGUUUCAAAAAAAAAAUGCGUUCUAUUUUACCCAAAUCGUAUUUAUUAUAAUUUAUAUAUUAUAAUUGUAAUAUUUUUCCAGUUAAAAUAAUUUUAUUUAUCAAAUCAACGUUUAGUUUUUAUCUACUUGUAGAUUUUUAUGUAAUGUUCUUUGCAAAAUAUCCAUUUUAUAUCAUAUAAUGCUAAAAGGUCUGUACCUGAGCAUACUAUCAUUCUUCCUCGCGACUUUGAAUAUUAUUGCGUAAAACUGAUGUGAUUUAUGGGCCAUUGUUUAGAAAUGCUGUAGAAAGAGAAUGUUCAACAGACUUUAAAAUCACGAGAAAGUUAUAGGACAAUUAUCCUGGCCAGAUAAAAUAAUUGUUUGUUAAAACAGUACAGGUGCUAUUGUUUUAACAAAUAAUUAAAUUUAACAGCGAAUGAAAUAUAUAUACAAUUUUAAAAUUAAUUUUAUCCAGGCUGAUCUAGAUAUUUAUUUAAAAUUUUAAUUUUUCUUAUAUGACUUGUGUAAUAAAACAAAUUAUUGAUAUUAUGAUAUAUUAUUAUUUGGUUUUAAACACAAUAAAAUAUCUUACUGAUCGUUAUAUUUAUAUACUACAGCAUUUCUAAGUUAUACACUUGCCCUCGAUUUGGUAUGUAAUGUUAAUACUACUAUUUGUUUCCUUGUAGAUACCACUCGAACUUGUGCAUUAUAGAUUACGUGAGAUAGGUUAAUUAGAAUUAGGAUAGUCCCAGAGAGAUUGUAAAAAUGUAUAAUAUAAACAAAUUGUAAAUACAAUAUCGACUUACAUUACAGUCAUUAAAUUAAAAUUGUUAAUAAAACUAUAU